GUAGCUAGUAUAAUAAGCACGCAGACUAAAAAUAGAGAACCCUCGUAUAUUUGUAGUAGCAAUGUAAUUCAACUUAGUGUAUUAGUACGGCAAUCUAAUGAGACAAAAAUGAAAGCGUCUACGCAACUUUACCAUUUACUGCAAACGAUCGGGGUGGUUAGAUACAGUGGGAAAAAGAACAUUUAUGGUCUUCACCCACUGAUAAUCUCCGCAGCUGUGAUAACCGCAACAAUUAUAUUAGCGGAUUUAAUACGAAAAUUAUUAAACGUCAUCUUAAAAGAGACAAUAGCCAAGGAAAUUAUUUUGGAAUUUUUGGCAACAGCAGAACUGUGUGCUUGCUGUUUUGAACUGAUUGUUGUUGCAGAUAAUUAUGGAGUGUUAACCUAUGGGUUUUUUCUUUUUUUGUUGACACUAUGGUGGUCAUCUGUAUGGGAAGAUGCAACCGCGUGUCCAUAUUCUCUAGUAGAAGAAUUUUUAGAUGGCUACAAAACUCUCAGCACUACUUUGAUAUUAAUUGCAUCUCAAGUGUUGGGAGGACUUGCUGUGUACAGCUACGUUCAAAGUAUAUGGAAAAUUCAACUUGCGGAAACCCACAUAGGAUUAUUAGGACAAGAAUGUGUCGCAGAUUUAGCGGUACCUUUUGAAUAUGGUGCGGCCAUUGAGGGAAUCGCAACAUUUCUAUGCAGACUAGUUUCAAGAAUUUUAGGUGAAACAAGCUUAAGGUGUGCUCACGUGCUCGACGCUUUCUUCGCUACUUUGUUGGUGUUGGCCGCUUUCAAUUUUUCCGGUGGAUAUUUCAAUCCCGCAUUGGCGACCUCUUUGAAGUUUGGCUGCAAAGGAAACACUUUUCAAGAGCACAUGAUUGUUUACUGGUUAGGGGCUACUUUAGGUGCAGUAGCUUCGCUUUACUUCUUCAAAUUACCCUUCGUGCAGAGAAGAUUGGAUAAAUUUAAAGAGAAGUACGAUUAACCUGUUGUAACUAUUUUUAUUUUCUCGAUAUCCAUUUCGUUAAACUAAUUGUUGUAAUUUUUCAAAGUUGUAAAACUAAUAAAAAAUAA